CAGCAACAGUUCAGUUGUGGACACUGCCAGCAGCAGCAGUCCUUGCCUGUGCUGCUUGAGAUUACCAGACUAACCACAGGAAAGGCAAUCCAGAUCAGACUAAAAGGGCAUUUGUGGCUGAAAGUGGCACAGUAAGGAGUAAAACCAAAAGUUUGUGAAGAAGGUAACUUUUCUUGAAUGCCCAGAGGGUCGUCAGGAGUGUCGUUCCUCAUCUCCAGCCACGAUGUCAUCUUGUUUCUGGAUGAACUGGGCUCUUCUGAUCCUGUUUACAGGCCCCACAGUAUCAGAAUCGGUUGUGAAAGGAGAGGCUGGUCAGAAUGUCACCGUGCCCUGCUUUUACAGUGUUAAGAGUACACAGGACAUCACAUCAAUGUGCUGGGGUCGUGGCAGCUGCCCCUCUUCAAAGUGUUAUCAGCCCAUUAUCUGGACAGAUGGGUGGAAGGUGACAGUACAGUAUGACAGCAGGUAUACGUUGGAAGGGAACUUGCUUGUGGGUGACGUGUCCCUCACAAUCACUAAUGCCACGGAAGCAGACAGUGGGACAUACUGCUGCCGCGUGGAGAUCCCAGGGUGGUUCAAUGAUCAGAGAAGUAACCAUGAGGUUGUGAUAGAGAAAGCUAGGAUCUCUACUGCAAGUCCUCACACUUACACCUCUGAACAGACCUCAGCUCCUGGGAGUGCCAGUGAAUCCUCUACCAUCACAAGAACAUGGCCAUCAAUUUCUGCUUCAGAAGCUCCUCAGACUGCCUCUGGUCCCUGCUCAAGCACCUUGGACUGCCUGAACGUAACUGCAAACCUGCAGAAUGUGUCUGUAUCACUUCCCAGUCAGCAGCAUUCACAAAAUGUACUAUACAUUGGGAUUGGUCUAUCUGUGGUCCUUCUAGCUAUCCUGAUUUUGGCUCUGUUCCUCACUAGACAAUAUUUAUUCAAUACAAAGAAGAUGAGUGACUUUCCAAACUUCAUUGCAUUUUGGAGGCCAGAAGGUGCAGGGAAACGCAGUGCACUGGAAGAUGAUGUCCAUGCAGAGGAAAACAUUUAUAUAGUGCACUAAGGACUGUAUGCAUGCUUGCCUUGGUCAGCGCUGGGAGAUCAAAUGGCUUGAACAAUAUUAGCGACUCCCUCUGCUCCUCUGCUCAGCAGCUAAAUGUGACUGGACUAUUGAAGCAUUAUUCACAUUAUUCUGAUAAAACAAAUUACAAGCCACACUUGUAAUAAAAUCUUUUACCAGCCUGUUGUAGAAAGAGAAACCCUGCUGACUGGAAUGGAAAUUUCCAGAAUCCACUUAUUAAACCCUAAAGAAAGUUACCAUUA